AACUUUCUCGUACCCGUUAUGACUGACGUCAUACAUUAUUUCGAAGUAAAGAAGACCAGCGGUGGUGUUUGGAAGCAGAAGUCACAUGCGUGGUUUAAAUAUCUACCCAGCUGUGCUUCAAAGAUUUUACAGCCCUUGUGUUCAUUAUAUUAGGAAAACACCGCCUAGUAACGCAACUGAAGAUGGCGGACGGGGAAAAUAAAUUGGUUGGAGCCAAAGCCGGUUCUGAUGGGAUAGAAGAACCGAUGGUUAAGAAACCACGGAUUAGCAUUCUUCAAAAUCGUGGUAUGGACAUUAUUCGCGGAGAGCAUAUAACAUGUGGAGCCGAGUCGGAUGAAACUUGGGCGGCCGCGAUUUUAACACGGCCCGAGGGUGCUGAGAUGGCGGUGAGUCAGGCCACGGCGUUAGCAAAAGAAGAAGACAAAGUGUCUGUGAUUUGGGAGCCAAGUGAAGAUGCCUAUAGCACAGAGAAGACUUCCGUGUCUGGACCUGAAAGUGAGCUUUCAGGGAUAAUGGAUGACAGUGUCCACCCCAAUGGGUUUUACUCACCUGAUGUUAAUGAAGACGAUGACUGCUCCUCCCAUGCCAGUUCCAGUGACUGGACUCCCCAGCCUCAGAUUGGUUCUUAUCACUUCAUUCAGCAACACAUAAUGAGAGAGACUGACCCUCGGACUAUUCUAAAAGACCUACUUCCAGAAACUGUCCUUUCACCUGAUCUUGAUGACAUGACACUAUGGCAAAUUAUCAUCAACAUCUCAGAGCCUCCUAAGAGAAAGAAACGCAAAGAUAUUAAUACCCUGGAGGAUGUCGUCAGACUCCUUAAUGAUGGCAAAAAGAUACUCGUCCUAACUGGUGCUGGGGUGUCUGUUUCUUGUGGGAUACCUGACUUCAGAUCUAGAGAUGGGAUUUAUGCACGACUUGCUAUAGAUUUUCCAGACCUUCCAGAUCCUCAGGCAAUGUUUGACAUAGAAUAUUUCAGAAGGGACCCAAGGCCAUUUUUCAAAUUUGCAAAGGAGAUCUACCCUGGACAGUUUCAGCCAUCUCUUUGUCACAGAUUCAUUUCAAUGCUGGAUAACAAGGAGAAACUUCUGAGGAAUUACACUCAGAACAUUGACACUCUGGAGCAGGUUGCAGGAGUCCAGAGGAUCAUUCAGUGUCAUGGUUCCUUUGCAACAGCAUCCUGCCUUGUUUGUAAACACAAAGUUGAUUGUGAGGCCAUAAGGGAAGAUGUAUUCAAACAGAUUGUCUGGACAGUGUGGAGAGAGCGAGGGAGAGUCCAUUUAACUUUGGGGCUUCAGUUUACCAUGCUAGAAGUGAAGAUUGUUCCUCAUUGCCCAAGAUGUUCUGAUGUCCCUUUUGCUAUUAUGAAACCAGACAUUGUCUUCUUUGGAGAGAACCUUCCUGAAUUGUUUCACAGAGCCAUGAAACAAGACAAGAAUGAGGUGGACCUCCUGAUUGUCAUUGGAUCGUCUUUGAAAGUGCGACCAGUGGCUCUUAUCCCAAGCUCUGUUCCCCAUGAGGUGCCUCAAGUUCUGAUCAAUCGCGAGCCACUGCCCCACUUGAAUUUCGAUGUAGAGUUGCUGGGAGAUUGUGAUGUUAUUGUCAACGAACUAUGCCAUCUGCUUGGUGGUGACUUUGAGCAGCUUUGCUACAACUCCUCACCACUUAGUGAAAUCACAGAGAAACCUCCUCUGCCUGAAAAGUACACUGAAGUCCAGUCAUUGGAGGUACAAAACACUGAUGCAGGCGAGGCUUCCACAGAGUCAUCAGAAGCCAUCACAAGUAUAUACUCUCGUCCAAAUGUACAGUUGCCCAAAGAUGUUGGAACCAACGUAUCACCUUCUGCAGCUACUGAGGCAAGAUCUUAUCUGGAGUUUGGAAACCUCAGUACAAAUUUACCAAUACCUUCAGAAAAAAGGGAAGUUUCCCCAAAUACACCCAAGAGAACAAGCCCAUGUCCAGGGAGCUCAGUGAGCUGCCAGAAAGCACCUAUAGAGGUAGAUGAUUUUAAUUUAAAUAAACAAUACCAAAAAGGGGAUAUACCAGAUAGAUUAGAAGCUAAAAAUGAAGAGGGUUUGAAGCACCGACAUCACAACAAUGAAGUUUGGAAAAAAUGGUGGUUGAGUCAAAUUCAUCGAAAUCCAAUCAGUAAACGGCUUGGAGCUCACCAAUAUUUAUUUCAAACACCAAAUCGCUACAUCUUUCAUGGAGCUGAGGUGUACUCCUGUUCAGAAGAUGAGACCUCCAGCUCCUGUGACAGUGAGGGCUCCUGCUGUAGUGGGAAUGGUUUAGAGGAAGAAGAGAGUGAUGCAGAGGCAGCAUCUGCACCAGAACAGAGUAUGGGAGAUGGAGAGAAUGAUGUCAGACGGACAAUAUGUGACAGUAAAUGCACCACAAGCCUUUCCACAGACAAUAUGACAGAGAAUCUACACACUAUCACAGACUUCUAAGUCACUCUGUUCAUAUGUCUAUAAGCACUAUGUGUAUUUAAUGUGCUCACUUCUGUUUUAGACUGUAUAUUUUUGUACUUCUAUCCCUUUCUUGUAUUGUUACAGUGCCCUCCAAAAUGGACAUUGAGAUCAAAAUUGCUAUUUUUCUCUCCAAGCAGUUUUGAAGGAUAUGGAAUCUAAAGUUUAUUUCUGGGUAAUUCUGGACCUACAAGCUACCAUUCAUGAAUAAUAGCAAUUUUUGUAUCCACAUUUUAUGAACAUAAUUAGAUUGAAUUAAAGUAAUUGAUCCCAGUCAUUUGAUCCCAGUGGACUUUCCAACAAGCUCUGAGUUACAAGAAAAAGCAGCAGCAGAAUUAUUCAACAGCAGAAUUAUUAAAAGAUUAGAGCAAGACAAAUGUAUUAUCAAUUGACAGAGAUGAACUUCCAGACUCUUGUAAAUGUUUAUGUACAGAUUAAGUCAAUGGGAAUUGUGGACAAAAUAUACAACCAAUUAAAACAAACUACCUCUUGUGUGCAACAUGUUGGGUUAGUGUUUACCAAUGGUUUUGGAGGGUACUGUCAUUCUGAUUUCUGCAAGAACUUUUAGUUGGCUCAUUAAAAUUGUUUUUUUCAUUUUUCAUUUUCACAUUCUGUACAUGUAAAACUGAAGUUUAAUUACAAUCAGUGUUUCAGUACAAUGAGAUGGUGGAAACUUGGACUUGCCUUUAAUAACCUGGAAUAAAAAGGGAAAUGAUAUUCCCCUUCUCUUUGUUUCUCUAGACCAAAGAGAAUAUUCUGCAUUUAUAAACAUUUUUGUUCCUUUUUUAUUGGAUGAAGUGUUUCACGAUUAGCAUCCCACCAGAUUGUAGCAUGCUUUUUUUUAAAAAGAUUAUUUGUUUAAAAGAGUAAUGUCAUUUUUCCAGUAAUUCUUUAUGAAAAAGCUUUUGUACUGACGUAUGUGUGUGUGUGUGUGUGUGUGUGUGUGUGUGUGUGUGUGUGUGUGUGUAAUAUAUAAAAAACUAGUUAUAGUUGUCUGUGAAAGCAUGUCUAAUCUCAUUUUAUUAAAGGAGCAGUAAGUAAUUUUUACUACCAAAAUGUAGAAACAAUUUAUUAAUAAUUUACACACACACACACACACACGUUGUCAGUACAAUAGCUGUUUCAUAAAGAAUCACUGGAAAAAUUACUUAUUACUCUUUUAAACAAAUAAAAGAGAAACAUUUUAUCAUUUUCUGGUAAUGGGUUUCUUAUAUUAACAUCUGGCCACCUAAUGAUUUGUCAGUUUUGAACCAACACCAAAGAAACCAUAGAGGAAAUGUUGAAUGGCUCACAUCAGAGACAUUCCGUCAGUUUGCAAUAUUCAACGAGGCUCAAAUAUGAUUCUAAAAAAAAAACAAAAAAACUAAACGCCACUUAAUAGAAAGGGACUCUUUGUGCUUUGCUACUUUCAGUAUAUAGGUAUGAACUAAUUGGAUAGUUAUCAAGCCAUUCAUUAUCUGAGUUUUGUUACAGUAGGUACAAAAUGCACACUGUUUGGAGUCACCAGGAUUGGGGCUGAGAACUAAUGGAAAAGAAACACUUUGUAAAAUGUUAGUGAGAACUAUAAACAUUUUUAACCCAGUUGCAUUAAAAUGUCCUUAUCAUUUUGUCCAAAGUACGUAUUGUUUGAAGACAGACAUUUAUAUUUCCAGAGGGCUUAAAAUGGGACACAAACAUCCAACAGUUUCCAAAUAAGAUGGCUCAUAUACACAAACGGCACACAAAAUGAAAGUUUUCACUGCAGUUUCAUUUGUGUUUUUGUAAGUGUUCAGUAGUGAUGCGGCUCGCAUACAAUUUUGUGAUAAGGAAUUGCCUAAAAUUGAGAAAUUUUUAUCAAACGUUUUGACACCAUUUAACAGUUCAAUUUUUCCAGUGGGGAAAAAAAGCACUUUAAAAAUGUUUAGUGUUCCUAAAAAUUCUUCCAAAUCCUUUGUAUAAGUUUCAUAAGCAAAUUAUAGUCAGAAGGAGUGCUUAAGAGAGUUCAAGGCCUCAGGGUUUUUGGCACAUAACUGGAAAAAAAAAUGCUGUAUAUCUCAUUUGGGGGUGGCAUGACAAAAAAAGCACAUGACAAAGUUCGUCACUCUGACUUAUAAAACUUAAAACUUGUAUAUACUUUGUGUGAGUGCAUGAGUUCAAGUGAAGAUACAAUGCAACAUCUCCAGUUUAUAUCUGGAAAUAUCACCUUUACAUAGGCAUUCAGACCCUUUGUUGACACUGGUAAGCACUGGUGCUUAUUGCUUAUUAUGAAUAGUCCUUGACAUGUUUCUGCAACUUGUUCACUUGUGCCUUAACUUGAGGCUAAAUUGCCUAAAUAAAUAAGCAUGU